AUGGGAGAUUUGGCACAAAAAAAUGUUAUGGAGAGUGAAAAUAAUGGAAGCAAUAUUGGUGAAAUAAUGUUGAGGUUGUUACCUAUGGCAUUAUGUGUAGUGGCACUUGUCAUCAUGCUUAAGGAUUCUCAAACCAAUGACUAUGGUUCACUUUCUUACUCUGACCUUGGAAUUUUUAGGUACUUGGUACAUGCAAAUGGAAUUUGUGCAGCCUAUUCCCUUUUAUCAGCUAUAGUUGCAGCUCUUCCUCGGCCUACAACAUUGCCUAGGGCUUGGACAAUCUUCCUCCUCGAUCAGAUAUUGACAUAUAUUAUAUUGGCUGCUGGAGCUGCAUCAACAGAAGUGAUAUAUUUGGCAUAUAAAGGGGAUACAGAUGUUACAUGGAGUGAAACUUGUGGUUCUUUUGGUGUUUUUUGCAAAAAGGCAACUGCAUCUGUCUCCAUUACAUUCAUUGUUAGUCUUUGUUAUGUUGGUCUUUCUUUGCUUUCAUCUUACAGACUUUUUAGCAAAUAUGAAGCACCAAUUGGACAAAACAACAACAAAGGAGGUAUAGAGAUAGCUAAUUACUGAGAUCAAAUGGUAU